CUAGAGAGGGAUAACGGGCUUGUGUUCAGCCAGAAUCCAGAAGAGGAGUUUGAGCACAACAGGGCCUAAGUUUUCUGGAAGGGCAGAAAGAGCUUGGGAGGAAUCAUGGCCAGUUGUCAACCGUGUUCCCAGUCUGAGGACGAGAGCCCCCAGCCUAGCUCCUCAGGGUACCCCUUGGAGGCAGUGGUGGAUGAAGAAAGCCCGGGACCAUCAGCCCCCUGGGUAGACCCCUGCCCCGUGCCUCAGUCCCCCGGAAGGAAGAGGAGAAGGGAUGAGUCAGACGAGGAGACAGCCUCGGGGACUGAGGACAUCUGGGUCGUGGAGACACUGUGUGGACUCAAGAUGAAGUUGAAGAGACAGCGGGUGUCUUCAGUGCUCCCUGAGCACCACGAGGUCUUCAACAGGCUGCUCGAGGAUCCUGUCAUUAAAAGAUUUCUGGCCUGGGACAAAAAUUUUAGAGUAUCUGACAAGUAUCUCCUGUCUAUGGUCAUAGCUUACUUUAGCCGUGCUGGUCUAUUCUCCUGGCAGCACCAGAGAAUUCAUUUCUUCAUAGCGCUCUACCUGGCCAAUGACAUGGAAGAGGAUAACCAGGCCCCCAAACAGGCCAUCUUUUCAUUCCUCUAUGGGAAGAACCGCUCCCAGCGUCCCUUGUUCCACAAACUGCGAUUUCAAUUCAUCCGAUCCAUGGGCUGGAAGACCAGGGUGUCCCGGGAAGAGUGUGAAGAGAUCCAGGCUUUUGAUCCAGAGCUGUGGGUAUGGGGGCGAAAUCGCACCCUUGUGCCCUAGAGCUCCCGGGACCGGGGAGGCCUGAGGUCAUCGGCCUGAGGGAAGAUCCCUGAGCCCAGGGGAGACGCAGGUUUUCAGGAGGAAGUCAGUCCAGACCCUAACAACAGACAUGAGGAAGGAAGAGAGGAGUCUCUUGUGCAGAUAAUCUAGAAGAACCCAGGACCUUCUAGAAUGAGCUGAAUGGAAUUAUCAUGUUGUAUCCCUAGGAGCUGGGAGUACGUGUAGGAGUCCACACGUCCCGACAGAGGGACAAUAAGAAACCAGGGUUUUUUUUCCAGGUUCCAUUCCUUCCUGGGGCACCACCAAAUAUUUCAGAUUGUUUAAUUCAAAUCUCCCCUGAGGUAGAAGUUGGAGGUCCCAUUUUUUAUGCAUUGGGACACAGAUGAGGAGGAAAUUACUUCAAAAAUAUAAAAUUAGAGACAAAAGGAUUGUAAUAGCCUAAUAUAUGCCAUGAAUUUUCAUUGGUAUAUUUUGAAAAAGUUGCCCUUAGAAUUAUUAUAUUUAUUUUUAUAUUUUAUAUUUAUGUAUUUAUUUUAAAUAGUUCUGAAAUAGUCAUAGUUUUCAAAACAUGCUGUUCCUACAAAGUUUUGCGAUGAGAUUACAGCUGUAGAUAAAAAUUUUGAUUACAUAUUCAGGAUAAGUUUUUGUGUUUUUAUUAUAUUUACAAUAAUAUAUCAAUUACACUUAUAACCAGAUGGGUGGUUCCCCCAAGUUCUUAUAACUGUAAAUGUUUAUUUGACAUUUAGUCUUCGUUAUUAAAUUGUGAGAAUCAGUUGUAAUUUUUUAACUUGCCUUGAUGACAUGUUUGUAUGUUAUUUUAUGUUAUUUUAGGUUAUUAAAGAGGACACUGCAAUGUG